UUUAAGAGCGUUAGACUUCUUGACAUAAUUAUUGAUCUAGACGGUUUUGUUUCAUUUUUUAUAAUCAGUGCCUUCCAUUUGAGCUAUAACAUGCUUCUAAAUCAGUUGCGAUGUGAAGAAGGUGAUCCUGAGAAUCUUCUCCGCAAUUCGUUCUUUCAGUUUCAAGCUGACCGUGCUAUACCUGAUCUCGAGAAGCAAAUAAAAUCCCUGGAAAAAGAGAGAAACUCUAUGGUGAUUGAAGAAGAAGAAAGUUUAAAAAACUACUAUAACCUCAUUUUCCAACAUAAGAGUCUGAAGAAGGAUAUAUGUGAAAUUGUGUUCACCCCAAAGUACUGCUUACCCUUUUUGCUGCCAAACAGAGCUGUUUGUCUCGAUUGCACAAAUGAUGAUGAAGAGCAACAAUCAUUCAGCAUUGAAGAUCAGGAUACCUGGGGAGUAAUAAUGAAAUUCAACAAAGUCAAAAGCUUAUUUGAAGAUGAUGAUAAUAGAAGACCAGAGGAUGCAAACUACACCGUAGAUGUAUUAACUAGAUGUAUGGUUAGCAAAGAUGGCGUUGGCAAAAAGAAAGUUAAGGCUGUGCCAAUUAAGGAACGUGGUGAGCCUGUUGUGGUCACUGUUCCUUUAUCUCAGAUUAAGAGUUUAAGCAGUGCAAUCAUGAAUAUACCAAAAGAUCUUGUACCACUGGAAGCUCGAGAGAAUGCUCUGAAGAAGGUUUCUGAGUUACUCUCUAGACAUCCCGAUGGAAUACCCCUAGAUCCUGAAGUUGAUAUGAAGAUUAAGAGCAGCUCUUACAAAAAGACAGUUCGUCGCCUGGAGGCCCUGGAAAACCUAUUUGAAAAACACAAAAUUGCGAAAUCGCCGCUCAUAACAGAAAAGCUGAAAGUUCUACACAUGAAGGAAGAGCUAACAGCCAAGAUCAAGUCACUUAAGAAAACUGUCCGAUCAUCAACAACAUUGGCGUUUAAAGAUGAACUCAAGGCCAGAAAGCGUGUUUUACGAAGGCUAGGAUACACCAAUAGUGAUAAUGUCGUGGAGUUGAAGGGGAAGGUUGCAUGUGAAAUCAGCAGUGCAGAAGAAUUGACGUUAACGGAGCUAAUGUUCAGUGGUGUCUUCAAGGAUGCAAAGGUGGAGGAGUUGGUUUCUCUCCUUUCUUGCUUUGUGUGGCGAGAGAGACUCCCUGACGCCGCUAAACCCCGAGAAGAACUCGACUUGCUCUUCAUACAGUUACAAGACACAGCUAGGCGUGUUGCUGAACUUCAGCUUGACUGCAAGGUCGAAAUUGAUGUGGAGAAUUUUGUGCAAUCGUUCAGACCGGAUAUAAUGGAGGCGGUGUAUGCUUGGGCAAAAGGGUCUAAAUUCUUUGAGGUCAUGAAGAUUGUUCGUGUUUUCGAAGGGAGCUUGAUCAGAGCGAUAAGGAGAAUGGAGGAAGUUCUGCAACAGCUCAUAGUAGCUGCAAAAUCUAUAGGAGAAACACAGCUUGAAGCUAAACUAGAAGAAGCUGUUUCUAAGAUCAAAAGAGACAUUGUAUUUGCAGCAUCUCUCUACUUGUGAUGUCGUGCUUAUUUCAUCCUGGCAACAAGAUCGAAACAAAAGCAAGGAAUUUUGUUUGUACGUUCAUAUAUUUUUGAAGGCCUCAUAAUUUGUACUAGAACUAUAAAACCAAGAGGUAAUUUAAUUUCGUAAUUUUAUUUUUGACCA